AGAGAGCUCUGAGACAGCUGAGUGGGACACGCCAACAUGCUGCUGCUGGCAGCGCUGGUGGCCACAACCACUUGGUCUUAUGGAUUUGCACAGGAAACUCCCAUACAGACACCUAUAUCCAUCACCAAAUCUCAAGGAAGUACACGUCUGCAUUGUCAUUUUAAAGAUGUCUCUACAAAUUUUGAUAGCAUCGUCAUUCAUUGGUACCAGCAGAAGGAGAAUAAAGCUCCAGAGCGGAUGUUCUACAUUUCAACAGGGACAACAGCAGUGGAUGAGAGCUUCCAAGGGCGCACGUAUACAAUUGAAAGGGUUUCUAAACAGAAAAUUUGUACUCUUACAAUAAAAAACAUAGCUCCAGAUGUUGCUGCUACCUACUACUGUGCCUACUGGGAUUAUUACUACAAAGUGUUUGGCACCGGUACAAAGCUCAUCGUGUCAGACAAAGGAAAUUCUAAACCGGAGAACUCUGAAAUCCUGCAGACGAAGCAUAAAGAUCAACUUCUGUAUGUUUGUCUUAUUGAGAAUUUCUACCCAGAAGUUAUUCGGGUGCAAUGGGUUGAUGAAGCAAAUAAGGAGGUAACAAAAAAUGUCAUAAAAGGAGACGUCUGGAAAUCUACAAAUGAUAAGUACUCAGUCAGCACCUGGUUAACUUUACCAGGGAAUACGACAAACAAGAACUAUUAUUGCAAAUAUGACCAUGAAAGUCAAGAGAAUUUUAAACUCCCCAUUCAAGAUUCUUCAGAGACUCCUUCUCAGGAAGAGUACUGCAGCACAUAUUCUGGAAACAGCACCGUUUUUUACAAAGAUUACUUGAUGCACAAGGCAGCACAUCUAGUAUACCUAGUCCUUCUUCUGAAAAGCUCCAUGUACUAUGUCAUCGUACUCUUCUUCAUAUACAGAAUGAGGACUCCAGCUAAGCUCCCAGGAAAGAAAACAUAAAUGUUGGUGUUGGAAAGGUUUACAAAAUCAUCUUCAAUUUGCUUUGCUUGUUCACAUAGGCUCCCCUGCCCUCAGUGCUAAACGCACC